AUGUCAACCAAGAAACAGAAAGACAUGGAGAGGCGUGCCAAGCGCCCAAGGGUUGAUCAGAAUCUCCCAUCAGAUGACUUCCAGAACCCAGAUGCAAUCACCCCCACAAACAAUCCAGCAGUUGAUACCAGUGAGAUGGGCAGCUGUUCCUCAGGACCAGACGUGCAAGAGGCCAGGGAGCCUGUUCAGAAGAGGAUACCGGAUUUCAAAGGUGACGUUACUCGGAACCUUCUGGCAAAGAGGAAGCAGUUUGAAAAGGAUAUAUAUGCCUCUUUCAGUGGCCUGAAUGAAAACCUCCAGAGUAUUUUCAAAACCCAACAGAAGUCAAGGCAGGAGCUUCACUCCAUGCACUCCCAGAUGUUUGAGUCUCUGUAUCACAAGUGGCUGGAUGAGGUGGGGAGAGCAAGGGAGCAAGAAGAACACCUUACUCUUAUAGCUCAGCAGCAGGUGAAGAUUUUACAGAAAGCCAUAGAGGAUCAUGAAACGAGGAUUGAAAACGCUAAAGAUUUAUGUGGCACAUUUUUGAAGAAAGCCAAGGACUUGAGUGGAUAUCGCAAAGCUUUUAUUGGUGGUGAAGAAAGAAAUCUCCAAGGCACAGGACAGAGUUAUCAUGGAAACUCAAGAGCAAGAUGUGUCUGUUGUUGA